UCCGGCCACGGGGCGCCGCCACCGGGAGAGCCGAGACCGGGAACGGGAACGGGAGCGGGAUGGCAGCGUGGGAUCCCACACCCUCGUCCUGUGACUGCUUCGUGGCGCUGCCGCCGCACACCGCGACCCCCGCCGUCAUCUUCGGCAAGAACGCCGACCGGCCGCGCCAUGAGGUCCAGGAGAUUGUCUACGUCCCUGCUGCCGUCCACCAGCCCGGGGACAAAGUCCAGUGCACAUACCUGGAGAUCGAGCAGGCGGAGAGGACCCACGCGGUGGUGCUGAGCCGCCCCGCCUGGCUCUGGGGUGCUGAGAUGGGCGCCAACGAGCACGGCGUCUGCGUGGGCAACGAGGGCGUCUGGACCCGCGAGCCCGUGGGCGAGGACGAGGCGCUGCUGGGCAUGGACCUGGUGAGGUUGGGUUUGGAGCGUGGCAGCUCUGCCCGGGAGGCUCUGGAGGUGAUUACGGCAUUGCUGGAGCGCUACGGCCAGGGUGGGAGCUGCAAGGAGGAGCCGGUGCCCUUUGUUUACCACAACACCUUCCUGCUGGCCGACCGCACCGAGGCCUGGGUGCUGGAGACGGCCGGCCGGUACUGGGCAGCCCAGCGGAUCCGUGAGGGCAGCCGCAACAUCUCCAACCAGCUCAGCAUCGGGACGGAGAUCACGGCCGAGCACGCGGGGCUGCGGCAGCGAGCACGCAGCCAGGGCUGGUGGAGCGGCGACGGCGAGUUCAGCUUCGCCGAGGUGUUCUCCCUGGCACAGCAGCCCGCCCGCAUGGAGGCUGCCAAGGCCCGCUACCGCGCCGGGAAGGAGCUGCUGCGGCAGCACGCAGGUCACAUCACGGCAGAAACGUUCAUGGCCAUCCUGCGGGAUAAGACCAGCGGGAUCUGCGUGGACUCGGAGGGCUUCCGCACGGCGGGCAGCAUGGUGUCCGUGCUGCCCCAGGACCCCGCUCUGCCCUGCGUCCACUUCUUCACCGCCACCCCGGACCCUUCCAGGUCUGUCUUCAAGCCCUUCGUCUUUGUGGCUGGCCUGAAGCCUGUGCCGCAGGUGAGAUCUCCCACCUUCGCUGACGACCCCGCCAAGCAGAUCCCACGGUUCCAGCGCGCGGUCGAUCGGCGGCACGAGCUCUACCACCGGCACCAGGCAGUGUUGGAGCUGAUGGAGAAGGACCAGGAGCAGGGCCAGAAGCUCCUGGAGACGCUGCGGGAGCUGGAGAAGCAGGGCCUGGAGGGGAUGAAAGCGCUGCUGGGGGGAGCGGUGUCCCCUCACCCCGAGGAGCUGGCUGACCUCUUCUUCGACUGUGUGGAGGCGGAGAUGAAGUUUUACACGUAAACCCCACACAGGCGGGUGGGAUUGCAUCCGUCCCGGCAUUGCUCCUGGAUAGGGGAUGAGAAAACCUUCCCGGUGCCCAACCCUGGCUCUUCGCCUCUUCCCAACACGGAUCGGCUGCUGGCGGCGCAGUGAGGAACGGCUGGACCAGCAUCUCCAGCCCUGCCUGGGGCUGCGGAGCCUGCAGCCCCCUAACUCGCCCCGGAGGGAUCGGUACUUUUGAGAGGUGGCCAUGCCCUGAAACAUGGGUGCGGUGGGAAAGGAGAAGGACUUGGAGAGGGAUUUGGAAUCCUGCCUGCAGCACGAGGUGUCUUUUCCCACCAGCGGGCCCCUCUGGGGCUGGCUGCGGGCUGGGGCUCGGUGGCAGACAGGCGGGUUGCUGUAGGAAUAAAGAGGCU